AUGUUAGAAGCCAAAUUUGAAGAAGCCUCCUUAUUUAAAAGAAUUAUUGAUGGUUUUAAAGAUUGUGUCCAAUUAGUUAAUUUCCAAUGUAAACAAGACGGUAUUAUCGCACAAGCUGUUGAUGAUUCUCGUGUUUUAUUAGUUUCAUUAGAAAUUGGUGUUGAAGCUUUCCAAGAAUAUAGAUGUGAUCACCCAAUUACUUUGGGUAUUGACUUAGCAUCCUUGAGUAAGAUCUUACGUUGUGGUAAUAACAACGAUACCUUAACUUUAAUUGCUGAAGAUACCCCAGAUUCUGUAAUGUUAUUAUUUGAAGACACGAAGAAAGACCGUAUUGCUGAAUUCAAUUUAAAAUUAAUGGAUAUUGAUGCUGAUUUCUUAAAGAUUGAAGAAUUAGUUUACGAAUCUACAUUAAAUUUACCAGCAACUGAAUUUGUAAGAGUUGUUCGUGAAUUGGGCCAAUUAAGUGACUCUUUAAAUAUUACUGUUACUAAAGAAACUAUCAAAUUUGCAUGUGAUGGUGAUAUUGGUUCAGGUACCAUUAUUUUAAGACCUUUUAUUAAUAUGGAAAAUCCAUCAGAAUCUAUCAAACUAGAAAUGGACCAACCCGUUGAAUUAACAUUCGGUGCUAAAUAUCUUGCAGACAUCGUUAAAGGUUCAGCUUUAUCUGAUAAAGUUGCUAUCAGAUUAUCAAGUGAAGCACCAGCUUUAUUCCAAUUUGAUUUGAAAGCUGGUUUCCUACAAUUCUUCUUAGCACCAAAAUUCAAUGAUGAAGAAUAG